GAUGAGAUCGGUGAGGCUGAGACAUCCAUGCCCCGGAUGCCCCCACCGAGCUCAGCGCCAGUUCGCAUGUCCUGGGAGGAUGAUGAGCACCAACCCCCGCAGGUGCUGGUGGACCAGCAACCUCCGAGCCCAGCGGGACGCGUGCCAGAGAUGAUGUCCCCUGAGGAAGUCGAACCCUCGGACAACAACUCCUGGUCUGUGGAUGAUAGCACGCAGGGGCAGAAGAGCAACGAGGACUCGCAGGAUACAUCAGCUGGGAAGGCUGCGCAGGAAGUAGCCAGUUCACUGUCGGACGAGUCUGAGCGUCCAGUGAUCCCGAAGACCUCGGCCCCAGUCGUUGCCGCACCCCUUGCUCCGGUCCCUCCGCCCAAUGACGAGGAGGACGACGAGGAGGUCAAUCUUGAGACGGCAACAUUCUGA